UGUCUACUCUUACGGAUUACUCGCGGUGCCUGUCACAGUGCACGCUAUAACCUCUGGGAAGGUACAGCCCUCGGAUGAUGUGCCCCAAACACAAAGAGAGCUACAGCAGGAGCCAUCCACCUCAGUUGCUACUUUUGACAGAGCAGUUCUGUGCUGACGCGUGUGAACGCAGUAUCAACGAUCGGACGAGCUUUCGCCUGCUUCUGUCUCUGGAGGCGAAGAACUGAAAGAAUCGCCGAGGGAUCCUCUGCUCUCAGUGGGAUGUGAGUGAGCUGGGAGGCUGAAGUAGCAUGGUGAAGCACCAGCCCCUGCAGGUCUAUGAGAAGCAGCUGUGUUUGUCAUGUUUAACAGGGAUCUAUGGCUGCCGCUGGAAACGGUACCAGAGGUCACAUGACAACACCACCAAGUGGGAGUGUCUGUGGACCCUGGUUCUGGUGGUGACCUUCUCCCUGCUCUUGGUCUGGUCCUACUUCUGGUGGGAGGCCCACAACGACUACAAUGAGUUCAACUGGUUCCGGUAUAACCGAUCGGGCGAGUGGAGCGACGGGACGGUGCCGAUCCUGGCGAGCACGGCCGUGGGCUUUGCCUACAUCACCCUGCUAAUGAUUUUAGCUCUGGGACACAUCGCUGUGGGACAGCAGCUCAAUCUGCACUGGCUUCACAAGAUCGGUGUGACCGCAGCUCUGCUGACCACGCUUAUUGGGGUCAUAUCUGUCAACCAAACCUGGGGCGGGGAGUGGGACAUCGUCCCCAUCUCUCUGCAGGCUACAGGUCCCUUCCUGCACAUCGGUGCUGUGGUGGCUGUCACUGCACUGGCCUGGCUGGUCGCCGGGCAGGUCGCUCGCGCCGAGAAAACAAGCUUCCAGCUGGUUCUGCUGCUGGUUUACCUGAGUGUCCUGCUGGGACUCUACCUGCUGCCUCUCGCCAUCACCUCUCCCUGCCUCAUGGACCCCAGAAGCCUCAAACCACGGCCGACUGUCAUUGGCCAUCGGGGAGCGCCAAUGUUGGCCCCAGAGAAUACCCUCAUGUCCUUCCACAAAGCCCUGCAGCACAAGGCCAGCGGGCUGGAGGCGGACGUGACCGUGAGCCUGGAUGGAGUGCCAUUUUUAAUGCACGACCGCACGCUGCGAAGGACCACAGACGCCGCCACCGUCUUUCCCGACCGGCAGUUUGAUGAUGCCUCCAUGUUCAACUGGACCGACCUACGUGCCCUAAAUGCCGGGCGGUGGUUUCUCACGAAUGACCCCUACUGGACGGUCCAGGACAUGACCCACAAGGACCGGGUCCGGGCAGGCAACCAGACGGUGUGCAGCCUUGAGGAGCUGCUGCAGCUGGCGGCGCGGUCCAACCACUCGGUCACCUUCAACCUACGCCGCCCUCCCAAGGGACACCCCUGCCGUGACAGCUGGGUCAAUGACACCCUCGAUGUGGUUCUGCUGUCCGGGAUUCCUCAGGGCCAGGUGAUGUGGACCCCGGACUGGGACAGGGGUAUGGUUCGGCAGGCAGCAAGGGGGCUCCUGCAGACUUCCGAGGAGAAGCUGUCUGUGGAGGAACUCCAACAGAGAGGCGUCACCCGACUCAAGCUGCGCUACAACCAGGCGAGCGCUCGGGAAAUACAAGAGUACUUGGCGAGCAAUGUGAGCCUCACCCUAUCCAGUGUGAACGACCCUUGGCUCUUCUCCGUGUUGUGGUGCAGCGGGGUCCCCUCUGUCUCCUCGGACGCACCCCAAAUCCUCAGAAAGGUGCCUUACCCCGUGUGGCUGAUGAGCCCAGAUGAAUACCGUCUGAUCUGGAUCACCACAGAUCUCAUCUCUUUCGCAAUAGUAAUAGGAAUUUUUGUGUUCCAAAACUAUCACAUGAUCAGGUGGAGACUGAGCGGGAUGCAACGCUAUAACCCGGAGCAGAUCAUGCUGAGCGCCGCGGUCAGGCGCUCCAGCCGGGAUGUCAACAUCAUGAAGGAGAAGCUCAUCUUCUCAGAGGUGAGCAACGGCGUUGGCAGCGGGGAGGAUCUCUACAUGGAAAAUGGAUACGACGGCUACACCAACCAAGGCGUUGCCCACUAACCGCGGCGCGACCGCGGGGACGCCCGGGCCUCCUGGGACUUUUAACGUACCUCGAGAGAAAAAGGGAAGAAACAAACACUGAAAAUGCUAAACUCCUCUCUCCAAGCGACUGACGCACAGUGCGUGUGGAAUCCUAAAAACGGGGGUUCUGUUGCACUCCUCUGAACUUCUGAUCCAGACUGCGGUCCUGCUGCAGUCACCCAAGCGCCAGGAUGUGUCUAACUCUAAAUAGCGGUCCUUUGUAUCGCCCCUCUCUUGUCGCAUGGUAGGACUGCAAUGCAUUCGGCCAACUGUGAGCACGUUUUCAUGAGCAAACCGACUUGCAGAGUCUGCCUCCUCUCCUUUCUCGAUGUUUGAGCGAGCCCUUGGACAAACCACUCUGUCCCCCUGCCCUAAAGCAUGAUGUGUUUUUAUAAAUGUUCGGUUGUUUCCUGAUUGUGCUCCUUGCAUCCCUGUAAUUAAUGAACACAGACCGGUAGUCCCUCGUUUCCCUGGUUCCUGCCUGGUGAUAGGACUCCCACGUGUUUGACCAUAAAGGCACCCUUGGCCUCUGCGUCUUUCCUUGAAGUGAAUUACAUGUCACACUAAAAGUGGAAAUGUGCUUUAUUUAUUUUUUAUUCCUUUUUUUACAUUUUUAAAUGCAUGUGAUAUAAAAGGUAAAGGCUCACCAGCGCCUCCCUGUGGGACACAUCUCAUGUGCACUUGGGUGAGCUCUCUCGUGAAGAGUGAAUGCGUGUGAUUUUUUUUGUAAUAACGUGUAAUGAUAGCAUUUAGGAUUUUCCUCCCGUUUGUGCUGUUGUAUUUGGAGUGCUACAUAUACUGUAAGGGUCUUGCCUGCCUGGCUGGCAUAGCAUUCUAUCAGAAACAUGGUUUGAUAUUUAUACGCAUUUGAACUGUAUUGAUUGUAAGUGAUUGGUGAUGUAAUCUUUCUCAUCCUUAUCUCUGCAGCCACUUUCUUUGACAUUAUUGCCUGAUUCAUGGUGGUUAAAAAAUCCAUACUGUGAAAUCCAUGUGAAAUUCAUGUGUUUUUUUUUUUCAGCUGACUUGGGCCUUGCAAAAAAAGAAAAAAAUCUUACAAUAAAAUAGGUCUCA